UUUGCUCUGAGGACAGUUGGUUUGUGCUCAUGAAGAUGGAGAGCUGUCUGUUCAUCCUCAUGCUCUCAUCCCUGCUCAUGUCCACCACAGCCAACAGUGAUGUGAGGCUGGUGAAUGGAAACAGUCCCUGUGAGGGAAGAGUGGAGGUUCGUCAUGAAGGACAGUGGGGAACUGUGUGUAGCUGGGGCUGGGAUAUAACGGAUGCCUCAGUGGUGUGUAGACAGAUCAUGUUCUGUGGAGAUGCUGUAUCAGCACCGCAAUACGGUCACUUCGGAGCAGGAACAGGAAAGAUCUGGUUGUCCUACGUGGACUGUGGAGGUUCAGAAUCUACACUGAAGGACUGUGGACAUGACGGAUGGGGUACUGUUUAUGGCUGCGGACAUUCUGAAGACGCUGGAGUCAUCUGCUCAGGUUUAGCUGUACGCCUGGCAGGGGGACCUCACCCGUGUUCUGGGAGACUAGAAUUCCAUCAUAAAGAUUCAUGGUACACAGUGUGUGACCCUGACUUUGACCUCCAGGACGCAAAGGUUGUGUGUCGACAGCUGGGCUGUGGGACACCUGUACAGGUGCAGGGAGCAGCAGUUUUUGGUAAAGGGGACGACCGGGUGUGGAAGAACAAGGUUGAGUGCGGAGGUGAUGAACGUGACUUUGGUCAGUGUGUGAGAUCAUCCACAAAGGACACAAAGUGCACUCAUGACACUGAUGUGGGACUGGAGUGUUUUUGGUACACAAACGGCAGACUGGUGGACGGCCCAGACUCCUGCUCCGGGAGGGUGGAGUUACAGUACCUCACUGAGUGGGGCACAGUGUGUGAUGCAUCCUGGGAUCUGAGAGCAGCCAAUGUCCUCUGUCAGCAGCUGGGCUGUGGGAGCGCUGUGGCAGUGCCAGGACAGGCCUGGUUUGGAGAGGGCAGUGGCCCCAUCUGGACUGAUGUGUUUGAGUGUCAGGGGAAGGAGACACACCUGUCCCAAUGUGUUGUUUCUUCAUGGAACCGAGUUCCAUGCUCUCAUGAACACGAUGCGGGAGUCAUCUGUACUGGAUCAUCUCUCUCAACCCUCAAUGGGAUGGUCAGACUGUCUGGAGAAGGUGGCUGUGGGGGUCAGUUGGAGGUUCACUACCAGCACACGUGGAGCAAAGUUCUCCUGGACUCCUGGAGCAUCAGGGAGGCUUCUGUGGUCUGCAGACACUCCCUGUCUGGGACAAGGGACACUGAUGUGUGUCUUACAGGGUAUCAGUGCUCUGGGACUGAGUCUCACCUGGUCAACUGCAGUGCUCCACAAACACUCAGCUGCACUUCCAGCUCACAUGUGUCCAUAGUGUGUUCCAAACACAAGUCCCUGAGGCUGGUGGGUGAUGAGGGCGGCUGUGCAGGGAGGCUGGAAGUGUUCCAUCAGGGCUCCUGGGGGAUAGUGUGUGAUGACUCCUGGGACCUGAAUGAUGCUCAGGUGGUGUGCAGACAGCUCCAGUGUGGCACGGCUCUCCGCUCCACCUCUUUUGGGCCAGGAAAUGGGUCCGUCUGGCUGGGUGAAGUGCGCUGUGUUGGGAACGAGUCGGCCCUGUGGGACUGUCUGACUGCACAGCCGGGGCAACCUGACUGCGUUCACAAGGAGGAUGUGGGAGUGGUGUGUUCAGAGUACAAAGACUUGAGACUGGCUGAAGGCUGUUCUGGCCAGUUGGAGGUUUACUAUAAUGACACCUGGGGAAAUGUGUGUUUCAAUCAGAUGGACACAAACACAGCAAGUCUAAUAUGUCAGCAGCUCAACUGUGGGAAGAGCGGGACUGUUUCUAAUACAGAAUCUCGACUGAAAGGAGCUCCAAACUGGCUGGAUAUGGUCAAAUGUCGCCCACAUGACUCCACACUGUGGCAGUGUCCAUCCUCUCCCUGGGGACAGAAUAAAUGUGAUGAAGAUGAAGUGGCCCUUAUUACCUGUGAACGUACAUGACCUUAAACGCAUAACAAUUUUCUUUGUUUGUGAAUUGCUCUUAUUACUUUUUUAUAGUUACUUUUAUUCAUGCUAAGAAUACAACUCAUCCAGCAUUUCUUGUAGGUAUUCAGGAAUAAAAUGCAUUUCUAAUGGUUGGAUUUUGUUAGUUAUUUGUAGUCCAAUACAAAUGAUAUUGAUAUUAUGAUUUUUGGCCUUUUCAAAACAUUUGAAAAGACACUGUCAUUUAGCAGAUGCUUUUGUCCAAAGCGA